GAACAAGUUGCUGCUCGUGUCGGUUCUUGAGCGGAUGAAAAAGGCGGACGGGCAUUUCGACAAGUUUAUGGAAGAAGACAGAAAGAGUAACGAAUCGCCAGACGACAGUGAUUUCUAAAACAACCGGUAUUCCCGAGCGUCAAGAAUCUACUCAAGUGGCUCGAAUCUGACUAAAAGAUAUUUUGUGUUACCAUGGCCAAUACUUUGGAUUACGAAGGGGAUGAUAAUAUCAUAGCGCAUUACGAGAAUGAAGAAUCUGAUGGCGAACGUCGCAGUCUCGGAGAAGCUGAAGAAGCAACAUCUGAUAACGAAACCGGAACCGCUCGAAGGAUUGAUCCGUCAACAGCUACUAGAACACACGUUAUAAGGAAUCCUGCACCCAAACUUAAUACAGAAAGGUUGAAAGGACCUAAUGGUAUUCAGAUUAUCGAGAAAUAUUUUGAGGCUUUCAAAUUCUAUGGUAAGGGACACGAAAAGACAGAUCUUGACAGGAUCAUGAAGAGAUUGGAGCAUUGGUCCUACCGGUUAUUUCCAAAGUAUCAUUUUGAUGAUUUUCUCGCGAGGGCCGAGCAACUUGGAGCAAAAAAGGAUCUGCAGGUGUUCAUGAAGAAGUAUCGAUUAGACAUGAUUAAUUCAGAAAAUGAUGUGAUCAUCAACGAUGACAUGGAUGAUGAUGAAGAUCAACAAGAAAGCGCGCCUAUCGAUGAUUUCGAUUUAUUAAUAACGGAACAAAUUCAGAAACAAAAACAAGCCGAAGCAAUACUGUCUACGCCGGUUGCGAGCACGUCUAACGAGGAUGCGUUUGAUAUACUUUUGGCGCAAUCCGACAACGUACCGAGCUCGCAAAUAGUCUGUCCAAGUAGUACCAAGACUCAAGUAAGCGACGAUAUGAAGGAAAAAAUCAAAAGGAACAAACAGUUGGCUAUCCAAAGGAGACUCGAAAGGCAAAAAGAACGUGAGGAAGAAAUUAAAAGAAGAAAAUUGCUUGAAAACACAAACACGGACAUUCCAAAUGAAAAUGAUAAUUCUACGGCUCACGGUGGGACGGAUGCUUCUCAAGUAGAUGAUACGCAUUCACAAAUUGAUGAAACUACGAGUAAAAUAGUCUGAUAAAUCAGAGGAUGCAUUGUCAAAUAGUCAAGAUUAUUAGUAACUAAAACCAGAUAAGAUAUAUAUAUACAUAUAAUUGCAUUUAUUAUAAUUCUUUAAUAUAAGUCUCACUUGCAAUUUCUGUAGAAAUAAUCUGCCGAGAAAUAUAAUUGUUAGAAAGAAUGUAAGAAUGCUGCGUUUCAAACACUUACUAAUAAAAAUGGAAUUUUUACC